AUGAAUAAUACAGAGGAGGGGGCGGAAUUAGAAAAUAGCGUAACAACUACUACCGCUGUACAGUCAAGACCUUCCUUUAUCUCAGUGGAUCCUUGGUAUACUAAAUUGGAUAUAUUACACAUCGGAUUGAAUACCAUUGACGAUUUUUCACCAUGCCGAAACCGAUCAAUGUGCCCCAACACAACAGGAAAACAACUCUUCGACCAAGUUGUAAAAACAAUUGGCUUAAGAGAAAUAUGGUUUUUUGGUCUCCAAUACAAAGAUAGCAAAGGCUUUACCACAUGGCUGAAACUGAAUAAAAAGGUUACUAGCCAAGAUGUGAGAAAGGAGACACCAAUAGACUUCCAGUUUAGAGCCAAAUUCUUCCCUGAAGAUGUCUCUGAAGAACUUAUUCAAGAAGUCACACAGCGCAUGUUCUUCCUUCAAGUAAAGCGUGCAAUUCUGUCUGAUGAAAUAUAUUGUCCACCAGAGACUUCAGUUCUUUUAGCAUCAUAUGCCUUGCAAGCCAAAUAUGGUGACUAUGAUUCUGAAAAGCAUGUAGCAGGAUCUUUUGUCAAUGACUCACAUGAACGGCUCCUCCCACAAAGAGUAUUUGACCAACACAAACUUGCUCCAGCCCAGUGGGAAGAAAGAAUAGUAACCUGGUACACUGAGCAUAGAAGAAUGUUGAGGGAAGAUGCUAUGAUGGAAUAUCUGAAGAUAGCUCAGGAUUUAGAAAUGUAUGGUGUGAAUUAUUUUGAAAUCAAGAACAAACGUGGAACUGAUUUAUGGCUUGGUGUUGAUGCCUUAGGACUCAAUGUUUAUGAAAAGGAUGACCGGUUAACACCAAAAAUUGGUUUUCCAUGGAGUGAAAUAAGAAACAUUUCUUUUAACGACAAGAAAUUUGUAAUCAAACCUAUUGAUAAGAAAGCUCCAGACUUUGUUUUCUAUGCACCUCGAUUACGGAUUAACAAGAGAAUCUUGGCUCUUUGUAUGGGUAAUCAUGAGUUGUAUAUGCGCCGUCGAAAACCAGAUACCAUUGAAGUGCAACAGAUGAAGGCUCAAGCCAGAGAAGAAAAGUUGGCCAAACAACAAGAUAGGGAAAAGAUAGAAAAGGAGAGAAAGAAGAGAGAAGAAGUUGAGAAAAAGUUAAAGGCUUAUGAGGACAGACUUCAGGAACUUAUCUCAGAAGCAAAAAUGCGCCAGAAAGAUUUGGAACAGUCUGAGGCCAAGAAACAAGAAUUAGAGAAUAGCUUAUAUGUCUUCAACCAAGAAAAAGAAAAUUUGGAACAAGAAAGGGCAAAAGCUGAAGAGAUGAAACUUGAAGCUUUAAAGCAUGCUGAUUUGGAGAAGGAAGUCAGGACACAAAAGGAAGAGGAGGCCUUGUUGGCUCAAGAAGUUGCCGAAAAGCGUGCUGCUGAAAUAUCUGAGAAGGAAGAGGCUAUGCGUCAACUGAAGAAUGAACUUGAGUCCAUCAGGUUGGAAGCUCAAGAAAAAGAUGCUGCCUACAGUGCUCUUAUUUUGCAACAAUCUCAAAUGAACAAGAUGAAUCAGACUCAUGUUCAAGAGAAUGACUAUGACGAGACUGUGGAGAGUGAGGAGAACACUGAAUAUGGUGCUGAACUUCAUGUUAAUGAACAUGAAGAAAUACCACGACCUGAAGAGGAAAGACAAACUUUAGCUGAGAAGAACCAGCGUCUUCAAGAACAACUGAAGGUGCUUGGUGAGCAGUUGCAGACGUCCAAAGAUAUUACAAAAGAGACAAAAAAUGACAUCCUCCACGCAGAAAAUGUCAGACAAGGCAGAGACAAGUACAAGACAUUGAAACAGAUCCGACAAGGCAACACAAAGAAGCGAAUUGAUGAAUUUGAAUCCUUCUAA